CCGCCAUUCGCCAGUCUCUGCACGCCCGCGGCACGGACAGUGUCGACCCGUUGCGAUGUAAACGCCUAACCCAACUCUACUGUCUACGACGACAGCUACUGCUGCGCGAAAGUUGAAGUUUUCCCGGCUCUACUUGUGUACCCAUAACUUUGUUAAAGUGCUAUCAUCCGCCCAUAUCGGACGCAUCUGGGCAUUUCUUCUGUGGCGACAUUGAUGGAGUUCCGCUUGGACAGCGCGGAGUACUGCCAGGCCCAACACAAAUAAAGUGCGGGCGUGUGAGCGAGAGCGUAGCGAGCACCCGCGGGACCCAUGCGGCCGGGAGCGCGCCCAGACACCCCUUACACACGCUAUAUGUUGCUCAUACACCCACAGCUUCCUUAAAUCCGAAUCCCGCUGCUGAUUGGAGCAUAUCAUCACUCUCAGUUGCCGGAGUUCAACCGAAGAGGAAUAGAAACAAACCAACUUAUGUUACGCGGCUGAUUCCUUAUUAGUUUUCGAUCCCCAUUCUGAACCUUCGUUUGUCCGUCUUCGAAUGUGCCCGAGCGUUUGAAGGCGACAUCCAUGCGGGUGGUUUUCAUUAUAUAAUUGGACCCUUUUUAAAGAAAAACCUCGAAACUGAAGUGUGUUGUGUGGAAAUAGAGUGACAAUUUGCCUGUUAGACUCUGACGGAUACCUGCACGUUCUGUCGCGAGUGAAGUGAGGCCACCAGCUCGGUGUGGGACAUCGUAUCGUAUAGCUGAGACACGCCACCAGCAGUCAUGAAGCAAAAGGACAUCCGGCCGGCGCCCUCGCUCAUCGAGUACAAGAGCAUGCGCUUCCUCAUCACCGAUCGCCCCUCUGACGUCACCAUACAGUCUUAUCUGCAGGAGUUGCGCAAGCACAACGUGUGCACGGUGGUGCGUGUAUGCGAGCCGAGCUACGACACGGCGCCGCUGCGUGCGGAGGGCAUCAUAGUGCGCGACCUCGCAUACGACGACGGCACCUUCCCGCCGCCCAACGUCGUCGACGAAUGGUUCGAGAUCCUGCGCGACAAUGCGGCCCAGAAGCCCGAGGCGGCGGUGGCGGUGCACUGCGUGGCGGGGCUGGGCCGCGCGCCCGUCAUGGUGGCCAUCGCGCUCAUCGAGCUCGGCAUGAAGUACGAGGAGGCCGUCGAGACCAUACGCGAUCAGCGUCGCGGCGCCAUCAACGCCAAGCAGCUGUCCUACCUGGAGAAGUACCGGCCCAAGUCUAGACUGAAGAAGAACGGGCACAAGAACUCGUGCUGCGUGCAGUAGCGACCGCAGCCGCAGCCGACAGCCGACAGCGAAUGUAGCUCUGCUUUCACACACACACUAACACACGGAGCACAACCAACUAGUAUGUAAUGUAGCCACACAACAGACCGCCAGACCCCCCCCCCUCUCUACCUCCCCCCACCCCACCAUCUGUUUCCCAACAACGUCCAAAACUCAUGCAAAAAAUCAGCUCAUAUUCCAAGGGAUGGACAAUUUUUAGUCUUUUAUUUGUUCAAUUUGAAUGAAAUGCUGUGAACUAAACCUUACGUUUGUUUUUGAAAAACAAUUUUAUUUCUUGGAUGUUUAUUUUGUCAAUUUGAAAUAUCGUGUGGAUAGAUUUAAAAUAACAGUAAUGAUUUGGUUUUAAUAAUAAUUGUGCAUCCCAACAACUAGGAAUUUGGUACCGACCUCGUCGCUCCGUCUUGAAAUAUUUUCACUUUUUCUAUGAAUUUUAAUUACAAUUAGGAGCCAUAUUAACUUUUGUAUGGCGUGUGUAUGGCGGCCGUGUAUGACGCCACACAUUGUGUUCACAUCGACCGCUCGCUCACUUCGGGGACUUCAUAAUAACAAUUGCAAUAUCCAUAAUAACAAUUGAGUCAGAUUCGCGUACCUCCUUACAUUAAUUUUCUAUUUUAUUAUUUCUUUGUGUGUUGACAUUAUGAUGAUUUUCCUUUGUAUAAUUUUAUUAUUUUCAUUUAUUUGAGACUUGUUUAUUAAUAAAAUGUGACAUAAUAGAUGAUGAUAAAAUAUUUUGUGUUUCAUAUCGAUUUGAUUAUUGCCUGAUCGUGAAUAUAAAUUUAUUUUAUGUGCUUUUGUGACGAAAUAUAAUAUUAAUUAAUUAGAUAUUGUUUUUUCGAUGCCGUGUAAUACAUUUUAUAUAGGAUUCGAAAUUCUCAAACCUUUGACUACGAUGCUAACUUAACUCUGUAAAAGUUCCGACGAGAAAUAGCUAUUUGAUAUUAUUUUUCUAUUUCUAAUUUUAUGAUGUUUAUCGAAAUAUAUGACUGUGUAACCACGGAACAGCCACAUUCAUGAAUAAAAAUAUUUAUAAGCAAAGCAAA